AUGCUUUCCAUUGACUAUUGUAAACUUGUGGAAAUGGAAAGAGCUCAUACCUAUCUAGUUUCAAAGUUUGCUUGUGAUAUGGCAGUUAGGAACAUUGAUCAAGUCAAGAUAGAAGCAUAUAUUAAGGAUUUCAAGGAUGAACAAAGCACUCAAGAUACUGCUACCUUAUGUAAUAUCUUCAACAAUUUGUCAAGAACUUACUCUACAAAUAAUGUGAACGAAGCUACUCUUGUAAGAGACACUGUCGAACAUCUUUUCAAGGGGUAUUUUCCUAAUACUACAUUGACUAAAUCUCUUGGUGCUGACUCUAUGAUUCGUGAUUCUGCAAAGCGACCCACUGAACUGGGCCCAUCUCUCAAUACUUGUGGUAACUGUGCUGACUUCUCCAUGGCGUUAAACAAAGCAAAGUGCAUGCUUCUUUCCCUUGAGGCUAAAUCGAACAAGGCCAAGGGCGUAAAUGAUUUGAUUAGAUUAUGCCGCGAAUUGAAAGACACGAUCAAGGCCGUUAACAAUGAACAGCGUCCUGGUAUUGUUCUUUGUGGCAUCUUGAUGAAAGAUGGUGCUGUUCAACCUCCAUAUCAUAUACCUGAUACUUUGGUUAUCCUCUGCAUUCGCUUCCUACUAAAAGCGCGAGGUUUAUCAACCAGAGGAACAAGCAUCGUGGCCAAUUCCCUGCUGUUAAGUAAACUCUGGCAUGUCUUGAUAGUAGUUCCCGCUCCUAAGCAAUGGCUACAAGAGAUCUGUACGAUUGUGCGUAUUUUUGUCGUACCACUCAAGCCUGCAUUUUCCUGGUCAACUCUAUGCCGUAAGAAGAAACAUGGUGGUAUCAGUUUAGUCGACGUAGAAGAUCAAAUAUGGCUCUUCACAUGGCUUACUUACAGCAUCUACUGUCCGAUAGUAAAGCUAAGUCUGGUUUUUUGGCACCUUAAAUAA